AUGCCAAUAUACCGACGACCUUACGAGGCAAAAGCUUGGCAGAAUCGAAUCUGUCCAGCGGAGACUAUGGUGAAGAUUCAUCCCGAUCAGUCAACCUCCGGCGCCGGAGAUAAAACAAAUUCGCCGUACUUAACGACGGAGAAAGAGAGUUUCACGAUUUGGAUGAAGUCGUUGGUGUUUAAUACAAAUGGAUGCACCGUCUUCAAUUCUAAAGGAAAAAUCAUUUAUCGUGUCGAUAAUUAUAACUCUAAGAGCUGUCGUGAAGUUUAUCUUAUGGAUUUGUCCGGCCAUGUCUUGUUUACCUUACGUAGACAGAAAUUUGGAUUAUUCAAGACAUGGGAAGGAUAUAGAUCAUCAUCUGAGACAUCAAUAAACUUCGACUAUUUUCGAGUGAAAAAUAAUGUUUUUCAGAUUCCGAACAAAGAUUCAUCUUCUUCGUAUAAAGUCAUCACGGGAUCUUGUAGAAACGACGAACAAUAUAGUUAUAAGAUGGUAAAUCACGGAUCAAGUUUAGUGAUCGAGGACAAUUGCGGAAAGAAAUUGGCAGAAGUGAAGAGAAAACAAUCGAAGAAUGGUUUGGAGUUAGGAGAUGAUGUUUUGACGAUGAUGGUUGAGUCCCAAGUUGAUCACUCUUUCAUCGUCGGACUUGUUUUAACUCAGAGUCUUAUCAAUAGUAAACUGUAA